AACAAUACCCUCUCUCUACUGGUGGUGGUGCACCACUUGACAAAAUGGCGUUGUAUUGGGAAAGAAGUUGCUUUUGCAUCUCUGGAUUAUUUCUGCAAGUGCUGAUGUUGUUUCCCUCUCUGAUGGUGAUACUCGGACAGAACACGACAACAGUCUCCACAAACAGCAACAAUGUGACCGUUGAUCAGCAAAACGACACACUCUUUGACAAUUCUACAGUCACGGUGGACAUUUCCGGUAAUUCUACCGUGGCACCGGAUAACGGGACUUGGGGGGCAGGGAUGAUAGGCCAGAAAAACGACACUAAACUCCAGAAACUGACGGAUGGCGGGAUGUCAACGGGCACAGUUACUACAAUUAGCGUCUUGGCUACUCUGGCAAUUGUCGUGCUGGUCAUCGUGGCCGGAUUAUUGAUAUAUACCAAAGGCAAACUAUUCAUUUUGUGUAGAAGACGCUCUGCCAACGUGUCCCCUCACGAACGGCUAGAGGAACAGGCAGCUGAAGGUACCCAACAAGAACAAGAACAAGUGCCGGAUUCUGUAGCGCAGAUAGAACCGCAACUGAGGCAGGAGGGGACGGGAUAAUGCUAGAGUGGAGCUUGGAACGCAAAACGCAGGGUUACAGCUUUUUACAAAGAAACAAAUCGACUUCAGCGAAAGAAAGUAUAACAAGCAAUCCAUUGUGCUGCUGCAAGAGAGACGAACUUUGAAACGUGAUCUCCAAGACAUUUCGCUAAAAUUAAUCAAGUGGAUUGAAGCGAGGUUUUCCGAUUAAGCACUUCUUUUUCUUUUGUAAACGUUGCUGUUAAGACGCAUUUAGGCCUACAAAGAAUAAACUAAUAUAAAUAGCACACCACUUAACCGUUGACUCCUAAGUAGACGAGACAGCUUCAUUGAGGAACGGUAAACCUGUCGGUAACAUUCUGACUUCUACUCGAUAUAUUGCACAGAUUAGUGCUACCUCAUUUUAUAGCGAACAAUUGAAGUAGUAGCAGAUGUUGGGAAUGGAUGGCAACACUUUAACUGUACAUAUUGCCAGGGUAUAGACAGUGGGUUAUCUUGUAUCUCUUUUCUCUCACAAAGCCAUAUAUAGCAGCUGUUCAUAUGGAUUUUUGCAUUGUCUAUUCUAGGAACUUUUCAAACAUUUGGGCAAAGAAAGAAAAC